GCUGUGGUAACUAUAUCUAUUACUAUUAGGUUGUUGUGAGGGCAUGUCUUAGUUUUAAAACAUUUGAAAUAUUUUAAUACGUUAGUUGUUUCUGUUGAAAUUAAUGAGUGUAAGAAAUAAUUUUAUAAUCUCAAAAUUAUGUUAGCCAGACAAGCAGUGGUGUCAAGAACUAGACUGAAUCGUACCCUUGAAAAUCGAACAUCAGACACACAAAUGUUACAAGUACAACGUUCAUGUCAAACUACUACGACUAUAGCAGUACCAACUUCGCAAUCUUUUAAAUGUCAAAGUCAUAAUAUGACUGAAUUAGAUAGUACUGUCACUAAAGCCAGCAUUCGACAGAAAAUAUGGAAAUACUUGGAAGAAAACGACAUAGCUUGUUUUCCUCGACCAGUUUAUCACAGGAUCCCAAAUUUUAAGGGAGCAAAUCAGGCUGGUCUAAAAGUUCAUACGUUGGAGGAAUUUCGGAAAGCAAGAGUUAUCAAAGUUAAUCCGGAUAAGCCACAGGAAGAAGUACGAUUUUUAGCCCUUGAAGCUCAUAAAACCCUUCUUGUUCCAACUCCACGACUUCGAUCUGGACUGUUUAAUAAGAUUAAUCCACCUGCAGGAUGCAACAAAAAGGUUCUUCACCUUUGUGCUACAUCACAGGGUGUUAAACAGCACAGUACUCCAGUAUCAUUAGACACCAAACUGAAAGUAGACUUGAUUGUUAUUGGUUCUGUAGCUGUUUCAAGAGCAGGUCAUCGCAUUGGUAAAGGAGAAGGGUAUGCAGAUCUGGAAUAUGCCAUGAUGUCAACCAUUGGAGCUGUUGAUCAAGAUGUCAUAGUUGUGACAACAGUACAUGACUGUCAAGUAUUUGAUGAACUUCCACAGCAGCUUUUUGGAGAUCAUGACGUUACUGUAGAUGUUAUUGUUACUCCAACCCAAAUCAUUCGGUGUGAACCAAGGCUUUCAAAACCAACUAAAGUGAAUUGGGCUUUGUUGUCAAAGGAAAAGCUAAGUGAAAUACCAGUUCUAAAAACUCUUCGAGGGAAAGAACAGAAAGAUGGAAAAGAUGUAGCUUUAAAGCAUGCUGAAAAAGACUGAGAUCUUAAUUUUGUGUCAUUGUUUACAAGUACAGGUUUUAUUCAAUAUAGUGAUAACUACACUAUUUCAGAAGCUGCUGUCAUGUUCAUUAUACUUAAACUAAUCCAAUAAUACAUAACUUAGUUUUUCAACAUGGUGAGUGUUACAAGCUAAGUAGGUUAAUGUGAAAUAAUGGCUCAGAGUUUUAUAAGACUUAAAAAAUAAGUGUUAAAAAAUAACAAUAUUCAGUUUAUUAACACACUGUAGUUUGUUUUGUCAAAUGCAUUUUAUGUAAACUUCUGUACCUGCUUAAAAUCAAUAUAUUGUUUUGUAGAUUUGAUGUAUACUGCUAUAAAAAUAAAUAAAAAAUAUUGUAUGGU